AUGCGCGGCCUCGCCACGCAGAGCGCGGAGGUCGCGGUCCGAGGCUCGUCGAUCACGUGGGUACGGGGUGAGGAGAUCGGCAGGGGCGCGAUGGGGUUGGUCUUCCGGGCACUGGACCAGAAGACUGGCGAGGUCAUCGCCGUCAAGGAGGUCGCUCUGGACACGGGCCAAGGGGGGUCCGGAGAGGCGCUCCGGGGAGCCCUCGAGAACGAGCUCAAGAUAGGCCAGGCUCUUCGGCACCCUCGCAUCGUCUCUUUCCUGGGCUACGAUUUCAUCGGGCAGAGCCUUUACAUCUACGCGGAGUACAUGCCCGGGGGCUCGAUUGCCCAGGUGCUCCAGCAGUUUGGUCCACUCGGUGAGUAUCUCAUGCCCAAGUGCACCCGGGAGGCCGCCGAGGGUUUAGAAUACUUGCAUCGGCAAACGCCCCCCAUCCUACACCGGGACAUCAAAGGAGCCAACCUGCUUGUCGGCUUGGACUGUCAGGUCAAGCUCGCUGACUUUGGCUGCUCGAAGCUGUCGGACGAGGACAGCACGAUGGCCAACACGAUGAAAGGCACGAUCCCGUGGAUGGCCCCGGAGGUCAUCAUGAGGAAGGGCUAUGGUAGGAAAGCGGACAUCUGGAGCCUAGGGUGCGUGGUCGUAGAGAUGGCGACUGCGAAGCCGCCGUGGGGGAGGAUGGACAAUCCCAUCGCCGCGAUGCGGAAGAUAGGCAUGUCCAGCGAGCUGCCGCCUGUUCCAGACUCGCUGUCGCCCGCGGCGAGAAGUUUCGUCAGCCGGUGCCUGGACCGCGACAAGGAGAACAGGCCGAGCGCGGCGGAUCUCCUCGGGCACGAGUUCCUGCAGCCCGCCUGCGACGGGGCCGACCUGUAG